AUGCUGAAAGUUAAUUCGCCACUUUCGAUUUAUUUCGUUUACCUUUGCUUGUGCGGUUUUUCCUUGGCGAACGAGACUUCCGGUGAAAAUAUUACGGAACCGGAAAUUCCUGAGGCGACACGAGAAGAACCGGAGAGUGCCGCUUCCUCCGAUUUGCCAGUAAAAUCGAGGAUUCUCGAUGGGAAACCGUUGAAUUUGACGUCAUUCGUGUCGAUCGAGAACAACUACGAGGUCGAGGAGGAUCCUUCGCCGAGUCUUUAUUCGCCGGAGCCUUCGACGACCCUUCGAUGUCCACCAGCAUCCGCCCAAACAAUGGAUUUCAAGCCGAGCAUUCAUAUCGGUGAAAUAGACGAAUACGAAUCGAGAAAAUCGGACGAGUUGGUCAAGAGCGUCAAGAGCCCAUUCAACAAACCGGUGGAGCAAAUAAAGUUCGACAAGACAGUGCGAAUCGAUGAAUCGGUCGAUAACGAUGGAGUGCGAGUACCAACCUCUUCCUUCCGCCAUGCAAGCGUUCCGAUCGGUGAAACUCACAGAAUACCGGUCAAAUUCUUUGAGACCGACGGUCGAUACAGCCUCGCUGUACCGGUUGAUUUAGUGCACCACCAGCACCAACAACACCAACAAGAACACUACGAGCCUCAACAAAUAGAAUUGCAGAUAUCUGCUCAUCACCAGCAGGCUGAUCAUACCGAUGAGGCCACCAACGGGGAUGACACUAAUCACGCUCACAAUCAGAACGCUCAGUCACACGGUCAACAUGCUCUGGUUACUUUUGAAUAUCCAAGGCCACCGGUGUACGCGACUCCUCGACCCGUAACCUUGACACGACCUUUGUAUACUUCGACGAUCAAGGAACCUUCGCCCAUGCAUUAUCAACAACCGACCCGACAACAACAUCAAUAUAUCCUCCCGUCUGACAAUCUUCCAUCCGUUCAUUUGAAACCUUCGAAACUGCACGACGACGCUGUUUCAUCGCCACCGAAUAACGUGCAUUACCACCAUUAUCAGUAUACACCAAUAGCGAGUGGCGAAGCUAUCGAGAAACCGGAGAUUCAGAGCUUUCAUCAUCCACCACCACCGAGCUAUGCGACUGGAAACUAUCAUUCUGAGAAUAAUUAUCAACCGAUUGUCAGUCACGAGGAGCAGUCUCAUCAUGUCGGAAAACCUGAUACUCUUUAUUAUGUGUCAUCUCAUCACGAAUCGGCCAUUACGAAAAUGCGCAAAUUUCCAUACAAAUUUUACGAGCCUUCCCUCGUUGGACAACAGGAUAACCAAUUUCAUUAUUCACUUCAGGAAAUUCCGUCGAACUUUCCAUCCAAAGAGCGCAGAGUAUCGCCAUGGAAAAAAAUAAUACAUCUGAUCGGCGCAUUUUUGCCACUGGGUCUGUUGUUGGCUACUCUUAAACCAAACGUUGUGAAAAUCGAGAAUACUACACAGCCGAAUAUUGUUCUCUCGAAACUGAGGGUCGUUGACCUGCCAGCGGAGCACAAACGUGGCAGACUCGUGGACAAAGUUCAGCCGGAAGCGUGCGACGACCGCUCCAUAUGCGAAUUGAUCGUUAGCGGAAGUCAGCCAAGUUCAAAUUUACUCCAAAACAUACUAUGGAAUUUCACCAACAGAUCGACGGAAGAAGAAGCACAAAAGCAUGGUCUUCAAGAAAUAUUCGCAGCGGUUAAAAAAAAAGACUGUUCCUUAGUAGACUGUUAGAGACGAAUAAAAAAAUAAGGAUGGAUAGCA